UCAUCCCUUCCAUUUCUCCAACUAAGGAGGUGGGAAAUCUAGGCCUGCCUCUCGUGGAGCUCUGGAGGGGACUGCAAUUCUGCUAAUUUGUGACAGAUCAUGCAGGAAUAGGAGGAGAAUUUCUACAACCACAAUGAAGAUAGCACCAGGACGAUGAAAUCCCAUCAACCGGAUUAUGUAGUUCUUUGAAUGUUGCUUCCUUAGGCAAGUUCAAGAGGCGAGAGACGCAAACACGUAAGUGGUGGAUUCCUCUCGGGGCACCGCGGGCGGGCAUCCGCCUGUGGAACCUGCUAAGAUGAAGGGCCUUCUCAAGGGUCUCCGAUACAUCUCGCAGAUUUUCGAUGCGAAGGAGCCGGAGAUGCAGAUCGGGCAGCCGACGGACGUGAAGCACGUCGCGCACAUCGGCUGGGACAACGCCUCCGUCACCGCGCCCAGCUGGAUGAACGAAUUCAAGGCAUCGCCGGGGACGGCGAGGGGCGGCGAUCCUGAGCCCUCGCAGCCCGGUGGAGGAGGAGGAGAAGACGAGCAUACCGGAGGAGGAGGAGGAGAAGACGCUGGCGGCAAGGCGGAGCGGCCGCGGCGGACGAGGGGGAACAAGGGGUCGGGUGGCAACGAGCCGGCGAAGCGGCGAGACCGGGACUGCGCGGCCGAGGGGUCUCGACGCGACCGGCGGAAAGAAAAGGCGGCGGACGCGGCAGAGGGCGCCGAGGGGGACGCUGCGGCGGCGCCGAAGCAGCGGCGGAGGAAGCCUCGGGCAGCGUCGGGGGGCAGGUCCAAGUCGUCGUCGGGAGGCGCCGCCGCCUCGGACUCGGAGGCUGCGCGGCCGGCGGGGGCGCCGACGGAGGCCGAGGACGAUCGCGACGGCUGCUGAGGCCUGACCGCCUGAGGCGGAGGAGACGGUGGCCCACAUGAUGGGAACGUGUGGCGGGGCGCGGCGGCAUUGCUAGCGUGGCCGCGCGCCGUUGCCCGUGGGUUCGUUCGACUGGUAAUGGUAUACACGGAGACGGAGGGAGAGGGAGGGGGCCAUCUUCAAAUUUGAAUUUGGUUUUGCUUGGCUGUUUGGAGAUCGGAAGAGAUUUGGGCCUUUUUUUGUGUUUUCUCUUCUUUUUAUUUACGUUGGUUUUCGACUCGUCAUUUCCAUGCACGGAUUGUUGCUGUUUAGGAUAGUCGUGCAGCGUAGAGAGGCACGGCAAGUGUAGUAUGUUAUUAUGUAUAAACAAUUGUACACAUAAUCCUUCACGCACAGGGAUGCAUUUGCAGGUGAUGGUUCGUAGCUAGGGCGUAACGCGACAUUAUUGUCCAUUUA